AUUACGCAGGGAUGCACUAUUCCAGGCUCGGGCGCUCCAGGCGUCUGCUGUCCGACCAGGUUCCUUGCAGCAUCAUCGCCACCGCAGGGCCAGGGAGACGAACGUAUCUUCAGGGCAGCCAGGAAGAACGUGAAUAUGGGCCCACUCGAUCCAAACAUGGUGAACGCCGCUUGUCAGAAAGGCGCUAAUGCCGUUAACCAGAUCAGAAAUAUUGAAAAUAACCUUGCUAGGAAUAAUAUAGUACUGCAGUCUGGCACCCCCGCCGAAGGACACCUGCGCGUCUUCGACAUCAGCAGAGGUGCUCGUCAGAUGCAUACAAAUGCACUUGCGAUUGUUAUGGCGUCGAAGAACAUGAUGCAAGAUUUCAAGCUCUCGAAGGAUCAGGGUGGACAUGGUCUAAGGAAUCUCAAUGUAAGAAGCACGGUGCUGAGUGAGAUGUGCCCGCGAAACCCAGACUGCAGGGGGAUUAACCAAAAGUACCGUACUGUAGACGGCUCAUGUAACAAUCAGGCCAACCCUGUGUGGGGGAAGAGUAACACUCCAGUUCAGCGUAUCCUCCCUCCCACUUAUAAUGAUGGUGUUAGUGACCCUCGUGUGAAUGGCGUGAACGGUAGUCCUUUACCUAAUGUAAGAGCUCUCUCCGGGAAUGUCUUGGUCGACGUCGACAAUCCUGACCAACAGUUCACUUCCUCCGUUAUGCAGUGGGCACAAUUUCUCGACCAUGACUUCGCCCACGUUCCUUUCCCCGAUAUGGUUAAUAAUGAAGGCAUUGAAUGCUGUCCAAAUGGCCAGGAGUUGACAGGUCCGGCUCGACACCCAGCAUGUUGGCCUAUUAACACUGCUGGAGAUGCUUUCUAUGGACCUCGCGGGAGAUCUUGUAUGAACUUCAUCCGAAGCAUGGUGGCUAUAGGUCCUGAGUGUCGCUUUGGAUACGCAGAACAGCUGAACCAACUUACUCACUGGAUUGAUGGUUCAAACGUUUAUGGUUCGGACAUCGAAGAACAAACUAAAGUUAGAGAUACCCGUGACGGCUUGUUGAAAACAUCUGGCAAUAACAUGCUGCCGUUUGAGGAGUCAAGAGGAGCAAACUGCCUGGGAACAGAACGAGGAGUUCGAUGUUUCACAGCUGGUGACAGUCGUGUGAAUGAGCAACCUGGCUUGACUGCUAUUCAUACUAUCUGGAUGCGUGAACACAAUCGCGUUGCUCGCCAACUAAAGGCUCUAAACCCGUCGUGGAACGAUGAAACGGUGUUCCAAGAGGCUAGAAGAUUUGUGGUGGCCGAGAUGCAGCAUAUCACAUACAACGAAUGGUUACCCAUUAUCGUCGGUCCAGCUUUCAUGGAGUCAUUUGGCAUAAAUGUACGAACAAACGGUUACAGCUUUGACUAUAAUCCCAACUUCAAUCCCAACAUGAACAACGAAUUUGCCACCUCCGCCUUCCGGUUUGGCCACACCUUGGUAAAUGGAAACCUUAGGAUCUUUGGCCCUGACGGAAGUGUGAGUACCAUCCAGCUCCGCGACCACUUCCGGUCUCCCCAUUUCAUUCAGCAACCAGGUAUGCUGGACGCCAUUACACGAAGCUUCUUGCAACUACCAAUCCAGAAAUUCGACAGUUUUAUUACACAAGAUUUGUCAAACCAUCUGUUCCAGACACCUAGAGUAAACUUCGGGAUGGAUCUGAUGAGUCUAAACAUCCAUCGCGGCCGUGACCAUGCCAUUGCUACGUACAAUGACAUGCGACAGAUCUGUGGCCUCAGGCGAGCACAAUCAUUCGAUGACCUUACGGACCAGAUCCCUGGUGGGAUUGUGCAGAACCUUCGUCGUGUUUACCAACAUGUAGAUGACAUCGACUUCUUUGUGGGUGGCAUAUCCGAGCGGCCUGUUUCAGGCGGCAUCCUUGGCUGGACCUUCCUGUGCGUGGUUGGUGACCAGUUCGCCAGAUUGAAGAAGGGAGACCGAUACUUCUACGAUCUCGGGGGGCAACCCGGCUCGUUCUCUGAACCUCAACUACAGGAGAUUCGGCGCGCCUCUUGGGCCAGAAUCAUUUGUGAUAAUUCGGACAACAUCCAGGCCGUCCAGCCCCUUGCCUUCCAGCUGACCGGAAGCCAGUUUAAUCAGCCUGCCGACUGCCGCGGGCCAAUAAUCCCAAGACCCAACCUUCAAUUGUGGCGAGGAGAGCGCGUGGGUUAGGGAGCUCAAUCACAUACUCAGUAUUACGGUAUUUUCAUUGGGAAUGUCGAUUAUACAAGAUAUUUGUAAACCAUUAAUACUCUUAUGUAAUCCACCAGUAAAUAAGGAACGUUUUCUAAAAUGGAAAUAAACAGUACAUAAUAA